AUGUCGUGUUCAGAGGAAGUUAUUUUAGAGAUUGAAGGAACUCAUCUCAAAUGUAAAAAAGAUGUACUUAUUUCCAACAGUGAUUACUUUAAGGCAAUGUUAGAAGGAAACUUUAUAGAAAAGGAUCAAAACACUAUUUCCAUUAAGGACGUAGACCUAAAAGCUGUAAACAUCAUUCUCAUGCUUUUGGGGGAUCCUACGAUUUAUAUGGAAGAUGAAGAUAUACUCAUGGUACUACAUGCAGCUUGUAUGCUACAAUUUUGUGAGAUUAAAAACAUGUGUUUAGAUAAACUUAACCAAAUCAUAUCUGUACAAAAUUGUUUGAAAAUAUGGAUAAUGGCAGAACAGCUAGACAUUAAACCAUUGAUUUUAAAAGCUAAGCGACUAGCAUUAACUGAAUUUAUGACAUUUAUUAAAGAGAAUGACAGUAUUAAUGAUUUAAAUUUACAACAACUUAUUAGAUAUAUCGGUAGUUUGCACCUAGUGACUGAUAGUGAAUUAACAGUAUUUCAAACACUAAUGAAAUGGUGGUACGGUCACAGCCAAGACCAUACUUCAGAUGACUUUAUCAAGCUACUUAGUUGCGUCAACUACAAACAACUCUUGCCUGAUCAUUUUAGAGAAACACUGACUUAUCCCGACAUUGCUAAUACCGAAAUUGAAGAUAUUUUAAAGUGUUUGUACAAUAUUUUAAACAACAUUCCAAACUGUUCAUGCUCGAAGAAAUGUUUGGACCUAGCAUCUUUGCUGAGUCAAUCAAUUGACCGAAAAAUAAUAAUUGAUAGGGUUCCUUGUCUUUUAGUCCGAAAUGCAUCUAAUAAAGUUUCCAAUAAGAUACGCCUUGUGGAGAACAGUCAAACGGUUGAGGGGGAUGUUUUGGUUUUUCAAGUCUGUAAUGAACAUGAAGAUAUUAAAACCAUACCAUUAAAGACACUCCAUAAAAAUUUAAACAUACUUCACGACGACGAUCACCAGCUAGUAUUAAUGGGUGCUAUCGGAUACACUGGUGUAGGAGGAACCAGUUUGUCUGAUUUUAAUGAAAAUCGAGGUGUUCACUACAUAACCUAUACCUAUCGAAGAGGAAACACAUCUUGGAUGGGCUUCGAUGAUUUACUAGAAAAAUCAUUUUUCGUUAAAGAAACAAAAAAAAUAGCGCUCAGAUUAUUAAUGUACAUUAAAGAUAUAAUAAAUUAA